AUAAAUCUGUACUCCACCAAUCAGUGUCAAAUAUUUUCAACGAAGCUGGUAGAAAGUGAAUAGCAUCCAGGAUGGCAUCGCGAUUCUUCGCAGGAGGAUCAUCGACGGAAAGUGAUUCGGAAUCCAGUGACGACGGGAUCCUAGUCCCACAGAAGCAGGCCCCCUUGACUCGUUUCUUUCUGAGUGACGAUGAAGAGGAGACCAAGCGUGUUGUGCGCAGUGCAAAGUCAAAAAGACAUGACGAGAUAUCGGAGUUCAUCAAACAGAUCAAAAAUCAGAAGAAGAUACGAGAUGUCUCCCGGGUCCUGACCAGUUUUGAGGAGAUGAUGAAAGUGUAUACCAAGGCUCAGAAUGUGCUCAACACCGACGAUGGCCAGUGCCCUCGGUUCUACAUCCGUUGUCUUGUGGAACUGGAGGAAUUCGUCAAUGAAUUAUGGGAAGACAAGAAGAAGCUGAAUAAGGCAAAUGCCAAGUCGCUCUCCUCGUUGAGACAGAAGCUCCGGAAAUACAUGAAGGAGCUCGACGCACAGAUUACUAAAUACAAAGAUAACCCAGAUGCAGAAGACAAGGAAGAGGAGGAGCGCGAAGUGGAGAAGAAAGAAGAAGAGAGCGAUAGUGAAGAGGAUGAACCUAAAUCUGCUCCUGUCUUAAAGAAGGUCGCACCUCCAAAGGUCAAACAAGAAGGAGAUUAUGAUGAUGAGUCUGAUGAUAGUUGGGAUGCAUCCAUGUCGGAGGAUUCCAGCUCAGAUGACGACGUACCAGGAAUGACAACCCUCACAGCGGAGUACUUCUUGAAGAAGACGACGACCGGGGAUGACAGAGCCUCUAAGAAGAAGGAGCGUCGCAAGGACAGAGUGCGACCGAAAGAUGAGGAAGCUUUGGAGGAGGAAGAAGAAAAUGAAGACGGAGAAGGCAAAUGGGAAAAGGUCAAAGGUGGCAUCAAACUUGAGAAGGAGAAGCCCAAAAUGUUUGCCAAGGAUGUGGAGAUUACCCCUACCGUUGUCCUGAAGAAACUCGGCGAGAUCGUCGGCGCUCGUGGUAAGAGGGCGACCAAUCGUGCAGACCAGAUUGAGCUGCUGAAGGAGCUGAGGAACAUUGCCAGUCAGCACAACCUCGGACUGGGCGUCGACCUGAAGGUAGCCUUCCACGUCAUGUCGGCCGUCUUUGAUUACAAUCCUAACGUGGCCACGUGCAUGAAGCCUGCCAUCUGGGAAAUGUGCUUGGCUCUUAUGCAGGAGAUGCUUGAUAUCCUGAUGGCCAACCCAGAUGUGUUUGUCUCUGAGAACUUGAAUGAAGAUGCUGAAAGCCUAUCAGAGCCUCCGUACAAGGUCCGAGGUUGCAUUCUGACGGUGGCUGAACGUCUAGACGAGGAAUUCACCAAGAUGCUUCAAGCAACGGACGCCCACUCUACAGAAUAUGUGGAAAGGUUGAAGGAUGAGACAAUUGUGACAGGCCUCAUCGUGCAACUGCAGUCCCAUCUUGAGAAUACGAGUACAUCCUCCGAGAUCUGCAGGGUUUACCUGAGGAACAUCCAACAUAUCUACUACAAGUACGACUAUGAGAAGCUACGUGAACUGGAAAAGUCGCGUGCCAAGACGGAAGAAGAGAGUCAGGAAAAGACGGAUGAGAGCAAGGAAAAGACAGAUGAGAUCCAAGAAAAGACGGAGGGAGAGGGCCAGGAAAAGACGGAUGAAAGCCAGGAGAAGACGAAAGGAGAGAGCCAGGAAAAGACAGAUGAGAGUGAGGGAGAAAAGAAGAAGGAAGAAGAGAAACCAACAGAAGAGGUCAAACUAGAAGAAGGAGAAGAAGAAAAAGAGAAGGGAAAGGGAGAAGAGGACUCUCUGACGUUGAUGGACAGGAUGUGCAAGUACAUCUACUCCAAGGACACCACCGAUCUGAUCCGUACCAGGACGAUGCUGUGUCACAUCUACCAUUACGCUAUCCAUGACCGUUGGUACACUGCCAGGGAUCUCAUGCUCAUGUCUCAUCUACAGCAGACCAUCCAGUUCUCUGAUAUCCCCACUCAGAUUUUGUACAACCGUACCAUGGUUCAGCUUGGUCUGUGUGCAUUCCGUCAUGGUAACAUCCGGGAUGCCCACAAUGCAUUGCUUGAUAUCCAGAGCGGAGGACGAGCCAAGGAACUUCUAGCUCAGGGUCUCCUAAUGAGGCAACAGGAGCGGGACGCCCAGCAGGAGAAGAUAGAGAAGAGUCGUCAGCUGCCGUUCCACAUGCACAUCAACCUGGAGCUACUGGAGUGUGUCUACUUGGUCUCUGCUAUGCUGCUUGAGAUCCCCUACAUGGCAUCCCACCACUUUGACAUCCGUCGUCGCAUGAUCAGCAAGAGUUUCCACCACCAGCUGCGUCUGAGCGAGCGCCAGACCCUGAUAGGACCCCCGGAGAGCAUGCGUGAGCACGUGGUGGCGGCCUCCAGGGCCAUGCGCUACGGUGACUGGCGAGGCUGCAAGAAGUUCCUCAUCAACGAGAAGAUGAACAUGAAGGUCUGGAACCUGUUCAAGGACUCAGACCACGUCAGGAAACUCAUCACCAGGAAGAUACAGGAGGAGAGCUUGAGGACCUACCUCUUCACCUACGGCAGUGUGUACGAUGCCUUGAGCUUGAUUACUCUGUCUGACAUGUUUGAGUUGGAGAAGACAGCAGUACACAGCAUCGUCAGCAAGAUGAUCAUCAAUGAAGAACUCAUGGCCUCAUGGGAUGAGCCAGCUGCUACCAUCGUGAUGCACCGCUGUGAACCAACCCGUCUCCAGCACCUCUCGCUCCGUCUAGCCGACAAGGUCUCCAACCUGGUCGAGAACAACGAGCGUCUCAUCGACGCCCGCAUGGGCGACAGCCGCUUCAAGGGUCGCGACUUCAACAAGGACGGCAACCGACGAGAAGGCGGCUACAAGGACGGUGGCCGCGGUGGCUACAGGGGAGGAGGCAGGGACAACCGCUACCACGGAGACAAUCAGGGAGGCAACCGCUACCGAGACGGAGGUGGUAGGAGGGGUGGUUACAACCGAGACGGCGGCGGCGGCGGUAGGAGGGGCGGCUAUAACAGAGACGGUGGUGGAAGAGACAACUACAACCGGGAUGGCCAGAGCGGUGGAUACAGGGGUGGAUACCGGGGCGGGUACAACCGCGGAGGUGGAUAUCAAGAUCGAGGAGGUCGAGGAAGAAAUCGUGACCAGGGGCGGAACUACUAGGCUAGUUUAAUGACGUCUGUCAGUAACAGGAUCUUCUAAAUCUCCUAUGAUUCCAUCUGUCUGUAGCAUUGGAAUUCUAUUAUAUAUUUAAUAACAAGAUUCCAUUUAUCUAACUAGUGAAAAUAAGAGCAUACAUGUAUGGUGCUUAUUAAUUGCACAAUUGUUAUUUCAGACAUCAUCAUCUUUCCAUCAUUAGAUAUUCAAUUGAAAGAUUUCUG